UCUAGCAGGCAGCAGCACCCACGGACCAAGAUAAUAUUAUUAUCUUAGUUCAUGAUAUCUACUUAUUGUACUCACUACUCAUAGAAAAUUCAAAAAUAUGUUUUUUAGUUUUUUUUAAGCCAUUUUCCACUUAACCAGUUAACCACACCAGUUAUUAGUUAAACAUUUUGUUUUCUUACGUUUUAGUACUAAUAUAUAAAAAUAAACUAAAAUUUAUGUAAUUUAAUAAUAAUUGUAAAUGUGGUUUGGCAAAUAAGUAGAACCAAAGAAGUCUGUCAAGAUGUUUGGAUAUAGAUUCCAUUUUGUGCGCAGAUUCUUCAGAAGAUUCAUGAAACCAAUGAGUGUUGAAGAAGCUGAGGCUAAAAAAGCUUUACUCUCAAAGGCAUACUUUGGUAUAAGUUUGGUAACGUUUGGUUCUGUUCUAUACCAAGUGAAGCAAGGUCGCCUUAAUUGGGUGGAAUCCGAAGGAUUAAUUCCAGAAGAUGAAACGAAACUCUCACCUGGUUUUCAAUAUGCUAGAAUGCUAGGAAUUGAAAAGGCUACUGUUAUAA